AAAUAGCCUCUCGUCAAACGAGAUGUUUUGAUAACAUUUUAUUAGAAAAUAUUUUGUUUUUGUUUAUUUUUCAACUUUUUUUCUCCUAAAACAAUGGCCUUAAAUCGCAAGAAACGAAACUUGCUAUUUGCGGUAGCGGCAAGUAUUCUUCUGCUAAUUAUCAUAAUUUCGAUUGUCAGUCACCACGAAAGCACAAAAGCGAAAAAAUUCCAUGGAGCAGUUGUCUCAAAUGGGGCAGAAUGUGCCGAAAUUGGAAGUGCAAUUCUCAAACAAGGCGGCAGUGCAGCUGACAGUGCAAUUGCGACACUUUUCUGCGAAGGCGUCACGUGUCCCCAAAGCAUGGGAUUAGGCGGCGGCUUUUUAAUGGUCAUGUACAAUAAAGCAACGCGCAAAGCUGAAUUCUUAAAUGCGCGUGAAACAGCCCCGAAUGCCGCGACAAAAGACAUGUUUGUGAAUAAUCCGGGUGCCUCGAGUGUCGGGGGAUUGUCAAUUGCGGUGCCGGGCGAGUUGAAAGGUUAUUGGGAGUUGCACCAAAAAUACGGAAAACUGGAAUGGCGAAAAUUAGUCGAGCCAACGAUCAAAUUGUGUCGCGAAGGGCACCUUGUGACGCCAUAUCUCGCCCGAAUUUUCUCCCGAAGUCAGGAUAAAAUUAUGCAGGAACCGUCGUUGCGGGAAAUUUACGUAGAUCCGGUGACGAAUGCGACCUACAAAGAAGGAGAAAAAAUAAAAAGAUUAAAACUCGCUGAAUCACUUGAAAUUAUCGCAAAGGAAGGAGUUGAUGCCUUAUAUUCGAGAAAUGGAAGUUUAUUUUCGAAUUUCAUCAAUGACAUCAAAAAUUUCGGCGGAAUCAUCACGGAAGACGACAUGCUGAAUUACAAACCGCAAUGGCACGACGUUCCUGAAACGUUCAUCGGAAAUAAUCGUAAUUACAGUUUGUUUGCAAGUCCUUUGCCCGGAUCCGGUUCUCUCUUGAGUUUCAUCUUUAAUGUCUUAAAUGGACUUCAUAUAACCGAUUCUCCCGAGUCAUGGGCGAAAAUUAUCGAAACUUUUAAAUUCGCUUAUGGACUUCGAACCAAACUCGGCGAUCCAGGUUUCGUUGAUGGGCUUCAUGAAACAUUAAAUGACGUCAUGAGCGAAGCAUAUGCCGAUAAAAUUCGUGAAAAAAUCAACCAAAAUUACAAGACAAAUGAUACUUUUGAGUAUUACGGCGCCGAAUUCGAAGCAAAAGAGGAUCAUGGAACAGCUCAUGUCUCAGUUUUGCACGAAAAUGGCGAUUCAAUUGCAGUUACAAGUACAAUAAAUUACCUUUUGGGCUCCAUGCGACGAAGUCAGAGCACGGGAAUCAUUUUGAACGAUGAGAUGGAUGACUUUUCGACGCCGGGGCAAGUUAAUGCAUAUGGAUUGGCGGCAUCUCCGGCGAAUUUUAUCAAACCAGGUAAACGCCCAUUGUCGUCGAUGACACCGACGAUCAUCACGGAUCGGGAUGGCAAUGUGAGAUUGAGUAUGGGAGCUGCUGGAGGUGCAAAAAUUACGCUUUCUUUGGUUAAUUUCAUCAUCUAUCAUCUGUACUUUAAUGAAAGUGUUAAUGAAGCAAUCGAUCAUCGACGAAUUUAUCAUUUGUUGUCGCCGCCUAAUGUGCAAUACGAAAGGGGAUUUGAUAAAAAUGUUUUGGAUGAGUUGGUUCGACGAGGGCAUAAUUUGCAGGAAAAUCCUCCGGAAUUUGGAUUUACAGCAAUUACGGUUAUCAGUAAGAAAGGGUCUCAGUGUGAAGCGGUUUUUGAUCCGAGACGUGGAGGAAGUUCAAAGUGUUUGUAAAUAUUUUUUUAUUUACAAAAAGAAAAAAAAAUAAAAUAAAAUAAAAUUAUAAUAAUUUUAAUGGAGGAAUAAAGUUGAAUAUUUU